AUGCCUCACAAGCUCGGCGACUACGCCGACUCGAAUUCCUCCAGCAGAGUCAGCAGCAGUGAUCGGAUACACGUUGCCGACGUACCAGAUCCCUCGCGCAGAUCCGGACCCAAAGCGGUCGUCGUACAUAAUGGCGGCGGACCGAGCUACGACGACAAGAGGCCGGCCUCCUGGGACAAGAGUCGCUGGAAGUAA